UACGAUUUGACUAUAUAAUUGGAGAAUCAUCAAUUCUCUAUACAUCUAUCAAUUUUUUUAUCCAUUACUUUACAGACUUCAGACAAAGGGAAAGAAAGAAACUAGAAAGAAAGAGACAAAAAACAAAAAGGCUUUCUGUCUCAAAAGUGAAAAGUGACAAACACAGACACACACAACACUCAACUCUCUCUCUCUCUCCCUCUCUCUCUGUGACAGUGAUAAUAUCUAUCUAUGGCUCGCAGAGACAGAGAAAAAGCUCUGAUGCUCACAAACCCAUCAUCAUCCUCUUCUCCAAUCACAGUGUCAGACCCACUUGAUGCUGAGUUCGGUUUCUCUCGCCCGGACUUCAGGACGAGUCAACUCGCCGGGUCAGUCGAGUUCUACCAGCGCCAUGUCUUCCUUUGCUACAAGAACCCCCAGGUUUGGCCCUCCAAAAUCGAGGACUCCGAAUUCGAUCAGGUUCCCAGGUUUCUCUUUGCUGCUGUCAUGGUCAGGAAGGCUGAUAUGAACAAAGAGACCCGCUUGACAAUAUGUGAGGGACAUGAUGGAACUGAGACAUCAAAUGGGGAUGUAUUAAUCUUUCCAGACAUGAUAAGAUACAGGAGAUUGACCCACUUUGAUGUUGAUUCAUUUGUCGAGGAAGUGCUUGUGAAGAAUGGUGAAUGGCUUCCUGGAACUCCUGAAAGAUUAAAGGGUUCCUAUGUUUUUGUAUGUUGUCAUGGGUCACGGGAUCGACGUUGUGGAGUUUGUGGACCUGCCUUGAUUAGUAGAUUCAAAGAAGAGAUAGAAUUACAUGGUGUUCAAAGUACAGUUUCUGUUAGGCCAUGCUCACACCUUGGGGGGCAUAAGUAUGCAGGAAAUGUUAUCAUAUUUGGAUCAAAAAUCAAUGGAGAAGUCACUGGGCACUGGUAUGGAUAUGUCACUCCAGAGGAUGUACCCGUAUUGCUUGAGCAACAUAUUUUGAAAGGAGAAAUUGUAGAUUGGCUGUGGAGGGGUGAGAUGGGAUUCUCAGAAGAGGAACAGAAGAAAUCCCAAGAAAUAAGGAUCAAGUUAAAUGGUGAGACAGAUGUUGGGAAAAACGCUGAAGAACUGUCGCAAACGCAUAAGAGUGAGAAGGACACUGCUGCUUGUCAAUCUCGACAUGAGGUAAAGGGAUGUUGCCAGGGAAAUGGAAACUCAUACUGCUGCCAAAACCCUGUGUUUCCUGAAAAGCUAGACAAUCUAGAUGCCAAUGUGGGUGCAACAAAGGUGAUUUCUGAUAAAAAUAGCAGCAAGGAACUAAAUUCCGGGAUCAAAAGCCUACUUUAGCACGCCCCAACCUAUGAACCAUGAUUUUAGCCCCCCUGAAGCUAUGCUAUUCUUGAUUGAAUACAUUCUUUCCUUUGGUAAUAGAUUGACUUUGUAACUGUUUGUUCUUAAGUUAAUUGAUUGAUCGCUUGUAAAGAUGUAAGCAAAACCAUAAGGUUUCACAUCACAUCUGGAAGACUGGAACUCAUAAGGAGUCCUACUCCUAUAAUUUGAAGUAUAUAUUUAAGGAAGUUGUGUCCCAGUCUUUGGUUGGACUAUUUUACUCCU